AUGCAGGAAGGUUUAAGCCAGGCUCUUGGCAAUGUUGUCUUCCCUGAGGAGUCCUCACAAGAUCCUACUGGACAACUGGAGCAUCACCAUGGUUUCCCCAGCACCCCAGCAAGGAGAAAGCUCCCUCCCCUGCCCCCGCCAACCACUCAUACCCCUGCGCUGUGGAGCUGGAGGAGCGUUCCUCCCACAGCUGGCCGGGUGCUCAGCCCUGGCUCCAAGCAACACCAGUGGCAGCUGCUCUGCUCAUUCCUUCCAGGUCUCUUUGCUUGUGUGGGCUGCGUGCCCAGACGGACGCGUCGCAGGGAGAGAAGCAGGGUGUCAAGCCCUGUCCCUACCUGCGCCGUGACCUUACUGCUUCAGCGCCUGCAAGAUCAGGAGGGUGACCGAGCGCAGGCGUACUGUGAGCUGGAGAGCGCCCUGUGCCAAGACAGCAGCCGCCCGCCGUGCGGAGUGGUGAACCGGCUGCUGGCAGAGGUGUCCCGGGACCUGACGGCAGCCCAGGGCGUGACCAGCAAUUUGAGGACAGCUGCCAGCAAUGUCCUGGUGGCUCUGGCUCGGACACACUUCACCUUGGUGAUGGCUGAGCUCCAGAGCCACCUGAAGGCCACGGGGGACAUGUCCAAGGAGUUUGUGCUCAUCACCCUGAGCAAACUCUUCAGCACCUAUGCUCCACAGUGCAUCCCCUUUGUGUGGCUGAUGCUGGCAGGCCUGCGCAGUGUGGUGGGCCAGGUGAAGAGUGGCCAGAUCCUGCGCAUCGCUUGUGCUGUUGUGAAACAGUGGCUGGAUGGAGUGAAGAUCCACUUGUCCUCAGGAAUGCAAUGCCCCUGGCCUGCCAUGGAGAAAGAGCAGAUCUAUGAAAACCUUCACGAGCUGCUCUUCUCCGUGAUGUGGAACUGGCAGGACUGCCAGGAGGAAAAGGACAAACAGGCCGUCCUUGGGGCUGUGGCUGCCAUGUUGGAGGUUCUCCUGCAAGAGGAGCAGCACCAAGAGCACGUCUGGGAGCAGCUCCUCUGGCUCGUUCACCCGUGUCAGGAGAUCCAAGACACCUGCAGGGUGGCCAAGAGCCUCACUAUCUUCCUGGAGGCCUUAGGGGGCACUGAAUCUGUCAUUCCAAGGGACAGGUUUCUGGACGUCACUAGCGCUGUGUUCUACCAGCUCUAUGACGACAGCAAGCAGCACAGCGAGGCUGAUCGUGCACAGCUGACCCACUGCAUCAUGCUGCAGGCCCGGAUCUGCCCAGAGGAAACCAUCCUGUUUCUGCAGUCGCAGCUGGGCGAUGACUGGGAGCCUGGAUGCGUGGCAGCCCUGGGUCUGCUGGGUGCUCUGGCUCGCUCUGAUGAGCCCAUGAUGACAGAGAAGCUGCCCCAGGUCGUCGAGGCUGUGCAGCGUCUGUGCAAUGACCCCAGCAUCCGGGUGAGGACAGCUGUUCUGCAUUUCAUUAAUGAUCUGUUCAGUUCUAACACCUGGAGCUGCUCAGCCUGGGAUGUGGUGGGGCACAUCUUCAGGGAGUUCAGCCGCGCCACAGGAAGAAGGGCAUCCGGAGACCUUUCUGCCCAGGAAGCCCAGGAAGAAGGAGCUCUCCAGGAGCUUUGCAUGGACAUCCUGGGAUCACUGGACCUCUCUGUGACAGGGAUGUCCAAACUCCUGUGGCCGCGGCUGCUGUUGUUUGUGGUGCCAGCGCAGUACACAGGCAUGCUGAUCCCAGUCUCCCACUGUGUCUGUGCACUGGCUGAGAGAGAGGAGCUGACAGGACGGCCGAUAGAACACCUGGAUCCCCAUUUUGUCAGCUCCAUGUUUCAAGGCCCACUGCUGACGCCCCACAUACUGCUGGCACGACUGCUGGUGGUGGCAGGCAGCCCUGUAGCAGGCAGCCAACUCCAAGCUGCUGCCUUACUGCUGAUGAAAAACCUCCACAGCAGGUUCCACAGAGUUCUGGGGGCCAUGUGGGCUACUGAGAUCCCCCUGCUGCUGCAGUGUCUUGAAGGGAAAGAUGAGAGCUUCCCGGACACUGCCGACUUUGAGCGCCGUCUGCUAAAGUUCCUGAGGGCGUCAGUGGACACCGUAGAUGAUGAGGUGUGGACCGAGGCCCUGAGCAGUGAGCUGAGCCAGCGGCUGAGCAGCUCUGCCAGCAGCUCUGCCGAAAAGUCGUUCCUGUACAAGGCUCUGGGCACAGUGCUGGGAUCCUGUCAGGGAGUCCUCCACUUGCAGGAGAAGCUGCUGCAGCACCUGGAGGAGGCAAACGCGGAGGAACCAUGUGAGGCCCAGGGAAUCAUCUCUCUUCUCAGCCGUGCUGCUGAGAACAACUUCCACACAGUCCUGGCCACGCUCACCAUGUUUGCGUCCAGGCUGUGCAAAGGCCGCAAUGCCAGGAUUUCCAGGCGCAAGAAGAUGGAGCUGGACAGCACGAGAGCUCAUGCCACACACAGCGCUCUCAUGCUGGCCCACGGCAGCAUGGCACUGCGUGCCUCCAAGGAACAGCUGCUUGCCCACCUGGAGGGAGGCAUUGUGGGCAACAUCCUGAUGCUCUACAGCUGCAGCUGCAGGGACUUGCAGAACAACCUCGCGCUGCUGCAGAGCAUCACUGACUGCAGCACUGCCUUCCAAGCUGUGGGUGAUUCUGCAAGCUUUAACCGCUCCUUGAAGAGCAAGCUGCUGGAGAUCCUGAUGGACCUGAUGAAGAAGUAUUACUCGGGCAUCCCUGUCUCCCCAGUGCCUCUCAAGGUGGUUCUGGCCCUGGAGCAGUUGAGCAAGCUGAAGCCCUCUUUCGAAAGCAAGGAUAUGCGUGAGAUGUUGGUCCUGUGCUGCAAGAACAUCGUGACACAUCCUUCAGCAGAGAUGAUGCUGAAGAUCAGGAAGUCACAGCAAGCAGCACAGUACCUGCAGCUUCAGCAAACAUCACUGAAAGCUCUGGGCCGGCUCAUGGUGGUCCUGCUGGAGACAGAGCCCAGCGGUGGCUUCUUCCAAAACAUAGUCCAUAAAUCGAUGGUCUCAAGCAACGUGUGGGAGCGCAAGAGGGCCCUGCAGACCUGCUCCCAGCUGCUGGCUGUUUGUGAAGAGCUUCAAGGAGGAGAUGCCUGUGAGCACUUUGGCUCCUUGGUGGGACUGCUGGCGCCUCUGACGUGUGACCCCAUGCCCGCAUCCCGCCAGCUGGCCGUCACCUGUCUGAGCUCCCUUCUGCGAAUCCAAGCCAAAGCAGUCAACACAGUCAUUGAGACGGGUGACAAAGUGCGUGUGCGUGCUGCUGGGAAGUGGAUGACCACCUUCCUGCAGAUGCACGGGAAGGACAUCAGUUGGAACGUGCCUCCGAUCCUCUACAUCCUGCGCAGCAUCACAUCGUUUGCGCAGCAGAGCACGUUCCUGCCCUUCCUGUGCCAGGCGGUGGUCAUCCUCACCCGCUGUCACACUGAGGCCGUGAUGAACAACUUCUCCCGGCCGCUUGGGCCAACAGACAGUGUGACGUGGAAAAGAAUAAGAGAGUUUUGCCUUCAACGCUGGAGCCAGUAGAAGAAUGAAGAGAAAGACAAAGAGGAAGAGAGGAGGAGGAGAAGGAGAAGGAGAGGCAAGGCAAGUCGAAGCGAAGCGAUGAGAAGCAAAGCGGAGAAGCAAAGGGAGAAGCGAAGCAAAGCGAAGAGAUACCAUUAAUCACAUAGAGAAUUGUAAUUGUAUUUGUAUUGUAAUUGAAUUGUAAUUGUAACACUAUUAUUAUUAACAUCUUUAAUAAUAAAUAAAUAAAACCACUAUUUAUAUUAAUAUUAUUAAUAUAAAAAUCUCUCUGAUAAUAGGAUUGUAAAAGCCAAAUGGGAGGUUCAGACGCUCUUCCUUAUCAUAGCUGAAUCAAUUGGUUUGUUCAGAAUUAGGGAACAGACUCUAACAUCUUAUUAGAGCAUUUCCUGCCUAGGAAGAAUUAGAUCACAUUAUUCUUGGAAAUCUAGAAAGCAGAGGAUGAUUAGUUAUGGCUCUGACCGAUUAAGGACUUCCUCCCCAAGAUGGGCUGCUGUGAUGGAAAUGAUGUUCCUUGAGUAACAGACCAACAGCAAAAA